AAUGGGGUCGCAUCAAAAAAUGUUUAGUUAGACAAAGUGCGCUUUUCCGAAUGGACUAUUAGUUUAUUUUUAUAGUCGGUUUCCGAUUCAAAAUAAACUUUUCAUAAUGUUUAAUGUUAAAGCACUAGUGUUAAUUUUAUCUGCAUUUAUAGGUCUAACGCAACAGUCCGAUUGGUCAUACUCAGACGAGGCCAGUUGGGGCGGCUCCUGCCACGGCAGCGGCCAGCAGUCCCCCAUCAACCUCGUGAGCCAGGCUGCCGUGACGGACUACAGCGGCGCCGUCAUCCGCGGCCCGCUGGAGUUCAGCGGGUAUGAUGCUGUGGAUGUGGGCGCUCUGAAUAACGGGCAUACGCUGAAAUGGAAGACGCUCUCCGGCAGACAGGCGCCCACCGUCUCCGGGGGCCCCCUCGAGGGCAACUACACGUUCCAGGAGUUCCACCUGCACUGGCUGUCCGAGCACGCCAUCGACGGAGUCAAGCACCCCCUCGAGAUCCACCUGCUGCACGCCAAGUCCGGCUACAGCGUGAGCGAAGCGUCUAAAAUCGAAAACGGUCUAGCCGUAAUCGCCAUCCUUUUCAAGGUUGAGAGCAGCGACUCCUGUAACGAGGCUCUCCGCGAGGUGAUCCCGAUGGUGCCCGGCAUCACGGAGCCGACGGGCGAUGUGGACGUCACCAACGUGGUUGACUUGAAAUGCCUGCUGACAAUGAUGCUACCCCACAGCCGCAUCCUGGGUUCGGACCGCUCAUCCUACUUCACGUACGAGGGCUCGCUGACCACGCCGGCCUGCACGGAGGGCGUCACCUGGAUCAUCCUCGACCGACCGCUCGCCGUCUCUGAUGAACAGUUCAAGCUGAUCAGCAAAGCCGACCUCGGCGGGCAGGCCAACUACCGCAGCCUGCAGCCCCAGCGCCUGCCGGUCUACCGCAGUGUCUCUCCAGCAUCAGUACUCUCCGACCCUCCCACCCUGAGCACUCUGUUCAAAGCGCUGUAUGCGGGCGCGCCGGUCGUGGUGGACUCGGCUAAGAAGGAGGUGUGUCGACUGGUCAAUAUCAAGGCUAAACUGCUGGGCUUGGGGACUGUGGAUUGCGAUGGGAUGGAGUUUUAAGCGGUGUUGGAUUGUGAUUAACGGCUGAUUUGUAAUAAAUAAAAUUGAAUAUUUUGAUUGGUUUUCUUGUUUCAGUAAUUAUUAAGGAAAGUUGUUAGGUAGGUAGUGGCUAUAAUUAAACACAGACGUCGUGAAAUCCUUUUCGAUAACUAUUAUUGGCUAAUGUGCCUUACACACAUUAUUAUAAGAUACCCACCUUAAAUUUAAAAGAGCACUAUUCUCAGUCUUCAUCCCAAAAAAGGAAAUGGAUAGGUAAUCUAAUCUGGUACUUACCUACUUAUAAUUUAGAAAGUUACUACGUCAGAGCUGUAAUCUAUUUAUUGAUGAUCGAGACUUAACUAAAUAAGUCCUUAUAAUGAUAAUCAUAAUAAAAAUUUAUUUAAUAAGU